GAAGGAACAGGAUGGCUCUCCCGAGACCGAUGUUUUUUGUGCCAACCUACUUAUUCCAUCAAAGUGCACCGACGUAGCUCUCCAUAAUCGCGUUCAUCAUGGCCCAGUCGUCCAACUCUAAGCUUCCUGGUAUCCGUAUCGCUAUCGACCGUGGUGGAACCUUCUGUGAUGUUUGGGCUUUCAUUCCUCAGCAUCUGUACCACGAUCCUUCCACUUCAAUUCUAGGAAACGCGGUCGUUAUUCCCAGCAGCUUCGACUUGGAUGGCGUACAGAUCACCUUUAAGCUUCUCAGCGAGGAUCCUCAGGCAUAUGAUGAUGCACCAUCAGAGGGAAUCAGGCGCGUACUCCAGAUCGCACACGGCAAAGAGAUUGAGAAGAAUGGAAAGUUGGACACCGGUAUCAUAGAUUCCGUGCGCAUGGGCACUACAGUCGCCACAAACGCGCUCCUGGAACGCAAAGGCGAGAAGAUUGGUCUUGUUGUUACGAAAGGUUUUGCAGAUUUGCUCGAGAUUGGUGAUCAGACACGCCCGGACCUGUUUGACUUGUCCAUCUCCACUAAACCAUCCUUGCUCUAUUCGCGAGACAACGUGAUCGAGGCUUCAGAGCGUGUUACCCCGGAAGGAUGGACUCUCGAUCCUCAAGGUCAGACUGUAGAAGGACUGCUUGCUGCGGCGAAGGAGACGGAGGAGGACGGCGAAGUGUUCAUGGGUGUCAGCGGAGAAGUCGUGCGUGUGCUGGAAACGCUUGACGAAAAGAAGAUUGAGCAGGAUUUGCAGGCCAUGUAUGAGCGAGGUAUUCGCUCACUGGCCGUCUGUCUACUACACUCAUGGACAUAUCCUGAACACGAGCAAAUCAUAUCCGCAAUAGCCACCCGAAUCGGCUUCACCCAUGUCUCGCUCUCCUCCUCCCUCUCACCCGCCAUUAAAGCCGUACCCCGUGGCAACUCCGCCGCGCUCGAUGCAUACCUCAGCCCCAUUCUUCGCCGCUACGUCGACUCCUUCAACAGCCAUUUCGAAACCGGGAGAGCAGGCGACCGGACGGACUUUAUGAAAAGCGAUGGCGGUCUUGUGUCUGCUGAUAAGUUCUCGGGAUUGAGGGCCGUACUAUCUGGUCCGGCGGGAGGUGUGGUUGGAUGUGCUUUGACUGCAUACAGCAAAAAGAGGGCAAGACCGGUUAUUGGUUUCGAUAUGGGUGGAACAUCUACAGAUGUCUCUCGUUACGCCGGGACAUUCGAUCUUGUAUUUGAAACUGUUACCGCGGGAAUCAAGGUCGCUUGCCCUCAGUUAGGUAUCGAGACUGUCGCAGCCGGCGGUGGCUCUCGGUUGUUCUACAAGAACGGCCAAUUUGUGGUCGGUCCUGAGUCCGUCGGUGCUCAUCCUGGACCGGCUUGUUACCGCAAAGGUGGCGAGCUAGCAAUCACGGAUGCUAAUGCAGUAUUGGGACGACUUAUUCCUAGUCAAUUCCCUGCCAUUUUUGGCCCCAAUGCCGAUGAGCCUUUGGACGUAUCUGCGUCGGUACACAAAUUCGAGGAGCUUACCGCCACUAUCAACGCAGAAAGACCUGACGAGCCUUAUACUCUUGAACAAGUAGCCGCAGGUUUUAUUCGUGUCGCCAAUGAGGGAAUGAGUCGACCAAUGCGUUCCGUGACCGAACAUCGCGGUUUCAGUACCAGCAGUCACGAUCUCUGCUGCUUUGGUGGCGCAGGUGGUCAACAUGCCUGUGCUAUCGCUUCCGGCCUCAAUAUCUCUACUGUCAUCAUCCCUCGCUUCUCCUCCAUCCUCUCCGCCUUCGGCAUCGCCUGUGCCGACAUCAGUGCCGAGGCCGCCACUCCAUUCUCUGCCACUCUCGACGAUUCCGCCUCCGUGCACUUCCAAAUCCAGGAGAGAGUCGAUAAAUUGAAGGCGGACGUGGUGAAACAGCUUGACGAACAGGGUGUAAAAAGAGACGAUGUGGAGUUCGAAGUGACGGUGGGGGCGGGAUAUGACGGCUCGGACACGGUGCUUCAGAUACCGUUCAAGGAGACGUUGAGGGAGGAUUUCAUUGCCGCGCAUCUGAGAGAGACUUCCUUCUCCAUGCCGAGGAAGGUACUGGUCUCGGGAGUGCGUGUCCAAGGUGUCGGCAAGUCGCUCAACGUCACGCCGCCUGACUUUUCGGAAGAGCUCGCAGCGGCUGAGGCUGCUGCGUCCAAGGCGUCGAGUGGUGGCGAGCCUCUUACAGUGCCCAAGGCGACGUCUACGAUCUCGACAUACUUUGAUUUCGCGGACGGGGUUGGAAGGAGGGUCGAUACGCCUGCAUAUACGUUGGGUGAUGUGGAGACGGGCAGUUGGAUCAAAGGUCCUGCAGUCAUCAGCGAUACGACGCAGACGAUUGUGGUGGAGCCGAAUGCUGAGGCGGUGGUGCUCAGCCAGCAUGUAGUGUUGAAGAUUAGGGAUGAGAAGGUGGCGACAAAGAGUGACAAGGAUGGAGAAGAGGUGUUGGUGGCGGAUCCGAUCACAUUAGCUGUGUUUGGAAACCGAUUCAUGAGCAUUGCGGAACAGAUGGGCCACACACUGCAGAGAACCUCUAUCUCUGUUAGCAUCAAGGAACGUCUCGAUUUUUCUUGCUCCAUUCACUCCACAGACGGUGCACUCGUCGCAAAUGCGCCACAUAUCCCCGUUCAUCUUGGAUCGAUGCAGUACGCUGUGCAGGCUCAGCAUCAGCACUGGCUAGGCAAAUUGAAGCCUGGUGAUGUACUGCUCACGAAUCAUCCGCAAUGGGGAGGAACGCAUCUACCUGACUUGACGGUCGUCACCCCCGUAUUCGACCCUGCCGACCAGACGAAGGUUUUGUUCUAUGUCGCCAGUCGAGGACAUCACACAGAUAUUGGUGGAACGAGCGUUACGUCCAUGAAUCCGAUCUCUAAGGAAUUGUGGCAAGAAGGUCUUUCCGUCACGACCUUCAAACUCGUUUCUGAAGGCCACUUCGACGAAGAUGGUGUCUGCGAACUAUUCCGCAAGGCUGGUGACUACCCCGGUAGCAGUAUGACCCGGCGGAUAGAUCAUAACCUCACCGACCUCCACGCAGCCAUCGCGGCGAACGUGAGGGGUAUUGGGCUCGUCGAGGCGCUUUUCAAGGAGUUUGGGACGAGGAAAGUGUUGUUCUACAUGAAGGAGAUCCAGAGUCUGGCAGCGAGGACUGUGAAGGCUUUCUUCAAGGACGUGUAUAGGAAAUUCGAGGGGAGGGCAUUACGUGCGAGGGAUUUCUUCGAUGAUGGGACGGAGAUUGUCAUCGAAAUUCGCAUCGAUCCUGAAGAAGGAACGGCUGUGUUCGACUGGACAGGGACGGGUCCUCAGUCAUACAACUGUUUCAACUCGCCGAUCUCUCUCAGCUAUGCUGCUAUUAUCUAUUGCCUGCGCUCUAUGAUCAAUUCCGACAUCCCAAUGCCGCUGAAUCAGGGUGUUCUUGACCCCGUUACCAACAUCGUUCCAGAGGGAACCAUCCUUAAUCCGAGCGGUGUCGUCGCCAUCUCUGGAUCGACCAUCUCAUCUCAACGUCUUGUGGAUGUCAUCCUUCGGGCUUUCCACGCAGCGGCGGCUUCACAAGGGGACGCAAACUCCUUAGGUUUCGGCACCGGUGGCAAAGACGCGUACGGCAAUGUAACACCUGGCUUUGCGUAUGGGGAGGCGAUCGGUGGCGGAAGUGGCGCUGGACCAGGAUGGCAUGGUUCACAUGCGGUGUCGGUGCACUCUACGAACACACGUCUAACCGAUGUAGAGGUAGUCGAGGCGCGCUGCCCACUGCUCAUCACACAAUUCUCUAUUAACAGGGGAAGUGGAGGUCGUGGUAAAUGGAAUGGUGGCGAUGGAUGCAUUCGCGUAUUCCGUGCACGUCAGCCAGUCAACUGUUCGAUUGUCUCGCAACGCCGUGUUUUCGCACCGUUCGGACUCGAAGGUGGCGGCGACGGAGCGAAGGGGACGAACAUUUGGUGUCGUACAGACCCAGUGGAUGGAUCAUACACCGAAAUUAGCUUGGGGAACAAUGCGAUGUUCGCACUAGGAAGGGGAGACAGCAUCAGGGUUCAGACGCCUGCGGGUGGAGCAUGGGGAAGCCAGAAUGCAUAGAUGUCAGGCGAGUUUCUGAUUGUCUUUUCCUCCGGG